AUGGCCGCCAACGAAACUGGCCAGAGGGGCCUUCCCACCAAACUUCCUUUCCGCGAAGUUAUUUCUGUCAUCAAUAUGGGGCUUCGCAUGACACCCGAAGCUUCCCAGCGUUAUGCCGACUUGUGGAAGAAGCUUGCUGCUUGCGGCGCACCUUCCGACCAGCUUAACCUGGUAAUGGCCAUAGUCACGCUGGCUAGUCUGCACUCCUCAUUUGCCAAAAACCCACUCGCCUCCGCUCUUGUCAAGACUUAUAUCAAGUCGAAUCACAUUUCCGGGCUUCGUGCUGUGCUUCCUCGGUUGCCUGAAGAACUGGCGGCUGUCGUCCCGAACUUGAUCGAACGAUCUUCCGAAGCUAUUCUUAUGUUGCCGGCUUUACCCUCCGAAUUUUACGAGAUCUUUUCGCUUUCCGCCAACGAUGAAACUGCCCUCCGAUGCGCGCUUCUCCGUCUGGAUCCAAUUUGGAAGCCCGCAAUCUCUCUCUCGGAUGAAGAUGUCAACAUCCUUAUCGGCAAUUUGCCGACCUUGCCAUCCAACCUCAGUGGUAUCUCCAAAAUCGAGGUCCCAGAGUAUUCUAUUCUGGCCAAAGAUUAUCCCGAGCUUUCUGACCAGUUCCGUAUUGUUUGGAGAGUUGGCACCUACGAGAAUUGGUUUGCGGCUUACAAUGCGAUUAGUUUCUUCGAAGGUCUGACCAAGUUUGCUGGUGCGAUCCAAACCAUCCAGCGCAAGGAGUCGCAGGCAAUCUACUGGGAAUUCUACCUCCAUUUCCUCCAAACUGUGGUGGCCGGUCGCAUCGUCCAAGUCUGA